AUGACCUCAAUAGAGAAUAGCACAGAAGUGACAACGUUCAUCCUCUUGGGAUUAACAGAUGACCCCAAACUUCAGGUUCCCCUUCUUCUGGUAUUUUUGUUCAUCUAUCUCAUCACUCUCAUUGGGAAUUGGGGGAUCAUGGUGAUAAUCCACUCAGACUCCCGCCUUCACACUCCAAUGUACUUCUUCCUCAGCAACCUGUCCUUUGUAGACCUGGUUUACUCAUCAGCUGUAGCUCCGAAGAUGGUGGCUGCAUUGCAGUCAGGGAACAAAGUCAUCUCCUACAAUGGCUGUGCUGCUCAGUUGUUUUUGUUUGUGGAUUUUGCCACUGUUGAGGCUUACCUCUUGGCCUCCAUGGCCUAUGACCGCCAUGCAGCUAUCUGCAGGCCUCUUCAUUAUACCAGCACCGUUACCACAGGUGUGUGUGCCCUCCUGACAAUCAGCUCCUAUGCCUGUGGCCUCCUCAAUGCUUCCAUUCAAACGGCAAAUACCUUCAGACUCUCCUUCUGUGGUUCUAAUGAAAUUAAUCACUUUUUCUGUGACAUUCCCCCACUCCUAGCUCUUUCGUGCUCCAACACACAUAUCAGCAAAUUGGUUGUCUUCUGUGUUGUUGGCUUUAAUGUCUUUUUCACCUUCCUGGUCAUCCUCAUCUCUUACCUCUUCAUAUAUAUUACCAUUCAGAAGAUACAUUCUGCUGAAGGAAGGAAAAAAGCCUUCUCUACGUGUGCGUCCCAUCUCACGGCAGUGUCCAUAUUCUAUGGCUCAAUCAUCUUUAUGUACUUACAGCCCAGCUCCAGCCAGUCCAUGGGCAUGGACAAAAUAGCAUCUGUGUUCUAUUCUCUGGUGAUUCCCAUGCUGAACCCCUUGAUCUACAGCCUUCGAAACAAAGAAGUGAAAAAUGCUCUCUGGAAAAUACUCAACAUACUUCACUCCCAAUCUUCAGGUGUGAGAAGGAAAUAG